UCUCCCCCAUUUACCAAUUACUGUUACACUCCUUCUUAGAGAGAGAGAGAGGAGUGAGAAUCGCAUUAACAGCUGCUCUGCAACGCUGUUUGAGAGAGAAACGACAAAAGAUGUGUGUUUGGUGAAGAAACAUAGUAUAUAGAAGGAGAGAUUGCGAAGAAGAAGAAGCCGCAGCAGCGACACCACUCUCCUUUGACAAUUUCUGGAGGAAGAUUGAGAUCGUCAAAUAGAAGGAAGAAAAAUGUAUGGAGAUUGUCAAGUUAUGUCGUCAUCAACGGUGGGAGGAAACCCUAUGCCAUCAGAUAACUCAUCUCUGUACAACUCCACCAUCCAAAACCCCAACUUCAAUUUCAUGGCCAACAUCAGCCCUUUCAACAUGUUCUCUCCAAUUCUCCCACAGAAAGAAGAAGCCGCCGCCGCGAUGGCGAAAGCCAAAGAGGAUAUAUUGGAAAGUGGCUCCGGCAGCGAGCACAUCGAAGGAGCGUCGGGAAACGAGCAGGAGGCGGAGCAGCAGCCCCCCGCCAAAAUCAAACGCUACCACCGCCACACCGCCCGCCAGAUCCAAGAGAUGGAAUCAUUGUUCAAGGAAUGUCCGCACCCAGACGACAAACAGCGCCUCAAACUCAGCCAAGACCUCGGCCUCAAACCGAGGCAAGUCAAAUUCUGGUUCCAAAAUCGCCGCACUCAGAUGAAGGCACAACAAGACCGGCAGGAGAAUGUGGUACUUAGGGCGGAGAAUGAGAGCCUCAAGACGGAGAAUUAUCGGUUGCAGGCGACGUUGAGGAACAUCGUGUGCCCCAACUGUGGAGGUCCCGCCGUGCUCGGGGAGAUGGGCUAUGACGAGCAGCAGCUACGCAUAGAAAAUGCACGCCUCAAAGAAGAGUUUGAGCGUGUAUGCUGCAUGGUCUCGCAAUACAACGGGCGGACAAUGCAGGCCAUGGGGCCCAAUUCCGAUCUGAUGCAACAACAGCCUCAUUCAUUGGAACUGGACAUGGGCGUGGGCGUGGGUGUUUAUCCAAGAAAGCUAGAUGAGCAGCACAUGAGCAACUGUCCUUCGGACAUGAUGCCUCUUUCUUUCAUGCCCGAAACCUCCCAUUUCGCAGGCAACACUCUGAUCUUGGAAGAGGAGAAGUCUCUAGCCAUGGAGCUGGCCAUGUCGUCCAUGAACGAGCUGCUGAAGAUGUGGCAGACGGACGAGCCUCUCUGGGUUCAGGAAGCGGAUACGGGCAAGUAUGUCCUCAAUCUUGAGGAGUAUGCAAGGAUGUUUUCUUGGUCUGCCAAUCUCAAGCUGAAUUCUCAUCAGCUGAGGACUGAAGCAACCAGAGACACCGCGGUUGUUAUCAUGAACAGCAUCACUCUUGUUGAUGCUUUCCUUGAUGCAAAUAAAUGGAUGGAGCUGUUUCCUUCCAUAGUUUCCAGAGCAAAAACACUUCAGAUAGUGCACUCAGAGGUUCCCGACCAUGCUACUGGUUCUAUUCACUUGAUGUAUGCUGAGCUACAAGUUCUCUCACCCUUAGUCCCCACGCGCGAGGCUCAUUUCCUCCGCUACUGCCAGCACAACGCGGAGGAGGGAACGUGGGCGAUCGUCGAUUUCCCAAUCGACGGCUUCCACAACGACUACUCUCCUUCCUUCCCUUUCUACAAAAGGCGCCCUUCUGGAUGCAUCAUUCAAGACAUGCCUAAUGGAUACUCAAAGGUAACUUGGGUCGAGCAUGCUGAGGUUGAAGAUGGACCGAUCAACGCUGUCUUCAGCAAUCUGGUCAGCAGUGGUGUGGCCUUUGGGGCACAGCGUUGGCUCGCAGUUCUGCAGCGCCAGUGCGAGAGGCUUGCCAGCCUCAUGGCCAGAAACAUACCUGAUCUUGGAGUGAUCCCAUCGCCUGAAGCACGAAAAAGUGUGAUGAAUCUCUCACAGAGGAUGAUUAGGACAUUCUGUCUCAACAUAAGCACUUGCUAUGGCCAAUCUUGGACAGCCCUCUCUGAAUCUGCUGAGGACACUGUUCGAAUCACUACCAGGAGAGUCACUGAUCCCGGCCAGCCCAACGGCCUCAUUCUUAGCGCCGUCUCCACCACUUGGAUGCCCUUUCAACACAAGCAGGUUUUCGACUUCUUGAGAGACGAACGCUCCAGAGCUCAGCUUGACGUGCUCUCAAAUGGGAAUUCACUAAAUGAAGUAGCUCACAUUGCCAACGGUUCAAAUCCAGGAAACUGCAUUUCUCUUCUCCGCAUCAAUGUUGCUAGCAACUCAUCACAGAGUGUGGAGCUGGUGCUGCAAGAGAGCUGCACCGAUGAUUCAGGGAGCUUAGUAGUGUACGCGACAGUGGACGUUGAUGCGAUUCAGAUGGUGAUGAACGGCGAGGAUCCAUCCUGCAUCCCCGUCCUACCCAUGGGAUUCGUCGUUGUGCCAAUCACCAACAGCAGCAAUGAAUCAACCAAAGAAUCCGGAUGCCUCCUCACAGUCUGCCUCCAAGUCCUAGCAAGCACAAUGCCAAACUCAAAGCUCAAUCUCUCAAGCGUCACCGCCAUCAACCACCACCUCUGCAACAUCGUGCAGCAGAUCACCGCACUUCUCAACAGCACCAAUGCUGCGGCCGCUUUCACCACCGAUGCUGAUGCCCCCGCCCCCUCCCCCGCUGUGGCUGAUUAAAGUUUAGCAUCAUCGGAUAUUUUAUUCCAAGGCAUGUUUAUGUUUUUGGUUGGUGGGAUUGAGGUUUUUGAUAUUGAUGGAGACAUUAAAAUUAGGGUUAGAGUGAGUAGGAAAAUAGGAGUCAAGAGCGCACCAGAUGGGAAUCUAAGUAAGAUACAAAUCCUUGCAACAUGUUAAGGCUCAUAAUCGCACUAGUUAAUUUAUGGCCUCACCACAUAGCAAGGGUUUGAUUGGUUCGGGUAUUGACUUCUUUUUCUCAUUCAUUUAUAUAUCAAAUAUCCAAUAUUUUCUCA